AUGAGCUUCCCAGCGGUCUCCCGGGCCUCCCGACCCUGGUCUGGCUCCAGGCUGCUGCUCCUGGGGCUGCUGCUGCUGUCAGCUGUGGUCGCCAUCGCCGGCGUUGAACAGGAGGAAGGAGAUGGGGAUCUGCGAUGUGUGUGCCUGAAGACCACCUCCCGGGUCCAUCCCAAGCGCAUCACCAGCCUGGAAGUGAUCAAGUCCGGUCCUCACUGCUCCACUGCCCAACUGAUAGCCACGCUGAGGAAUGGGAAGAAAAUGUGUCUGGACCCACAGGCCUCCCUAUAUAAGACAGUAAUUAGGAAACUUCUGGAGAAUUAGCUGCCAGCUGCCUAAACCUGCGUGUUUGCCAUGUAACAUGUUUUGGGUAGUUUCUAUUUUCAAACUAACUGAGAAAGACUCUUCUGAUGUGUAUAUUAACCUUCUAAUCGUAAAUAAAUGAAACAAACCAAGUUGUGGUAGAGUCUAAGUAACCAUAGAACAAAAAGAGGACUGAAACAUCAUCAUUUCAUAUAAGAAAAAAUAUCCAGAAUUUUAAGUCAAAAAU